CUCAGCGCGUGAAGGGGUAGGCGGGGUUGAGGGGUCCGGUUGGGCGGGCGGUAACGGCUGCGCUCGUGCCGCUCCAACGGUCGCUCCCCUCAGCAGCAGCAGCCGCCGCCACCCCCCCCACCUCCACCCCCUGCGCCUCUCCCGCUGUCCCUCUGUCCGGGAGGAUGCGCCGCCGCUCCCCGGCCGCUGCAGGUAGACGGGGGAGACGAUGAGGGAGCCGCCCCGCCGGCUCCUGGCCCUGGGCUCCUGCCUUUUCCUCUGCGCCGUGCUCUGGCUUCCUACUUGGCAUGUCUUUUGUAAAGACAGUCUUUCAUCAGCAGUGCAGUAUGCUUCAGGUGAUGCUUGUGCCCUGGCAAAUGAUGAUGAAAAUGUCCAGGAAAAGGGGGAAGAGGCUGGUCCCAGACUGGAGUCUGAGCAUGCAGACUCAAGUACACAGAGUUACUCUACAGAAGAUCUACCUGAUGACUUUACGAAAUCUCACCAGGCUACAGAAAUAAGUGAAGCCAGCCAGCCUGCAGUUGAGACUCUACCUUCAGUAGAUUUAAAUGAAGCUUCAUCUAGCAUAGUCGCAAGCACUGAAAACAUUUCCAGUUCACCUACCUCAGAUAUACCUCCAGUCUCGCAGCUUGAUGCAAUAGAAAACUCCCGUGCUGAUAUCCCUGUAGUCAGCUCUAGUGAAGCUGAGCAGUCAGAACCUGACUGUGAUAUUGGUGGGACACUUGAGGCUGACCCUCAGAGUGAGCCUUCCUCUUUUGUCAGUCCACCAGAGAGCCUUGCAGGUCAACAUAUAGAGAACAUAUCAUCUUCGCAUGGCAAGGGAAAGAAGACAAAAUCUGAGUUUGAGUCAAAAGUUUCAGCAGCUGAAAAGGGAGCAGAUGAGCAAAAAUCUGCUCUGAAUGCCUCAGAGAACUUAAAAAGGGAGAAAGACUAUAAGAAAACAGGAGAAAUUGACCCUACGUCGGUGAUAACUCCAAAGGACCCUGGAGACAUUCCAACAUUUGAUGAAUGGAAGAAGAAAGUCAUGGAAGUGGAGAAAGAAAAGAGUCAGUCAAUGCACCCUUCUGCUGUUGGUGGGCAGCAUUCCACAAAAAAGGUCCAGAAAAAUAGAAAUAACUAUGCCUCUGUAGAGUGUGGUGCUAAAAUUCUGGCAGCAAAUCCAGAGGCAAAGAGCACUUCAGCUAUUUUGAUGGAAAACAUGGACCUUUAUAUGCUAAAUCCUUGCAGUACUAAAAUCUGGUUUGUUAUUGAGCUCUGUGAACCAGUCCAAGUAAAGCAGCUUGAUAUUGCAAAUCAUGAAUUAUUCUCUUCCACUCCUAAAGACUUUCUGGUCUCUAUUAGUGACAGAUAUCCAACAAAUAAAUGGAUUAAAUUAGGUACUUUCCAUGCCAGAGAUGAGAGAAAUGUCCAAAGCUUUCCUCUGGAUGAACAGAUGUAUGCAAAAUAUGUUAAGAUGUUCAUCAAGUACAUAAAGGUGGAGUUGAUAUCGCACUUUGGAUCAGAACAUUUUUGUCCUUUAAGUCUUAUAAGGGUAUUUGGUACUAGCAUGGUUGAAGAAUAUGAAGAAAUAGCUGAUUCUCAGUAUCAGUCUGAACGACAAGAACUCUUCGAUGAAGAUUAUGAUUAUCUAUUGGAUUACAACACAGGGGAAGAGAAAUCUUCAAAAAAUCUCCUCGGUUCUGCUAAAAACGCUAUCCUAAGUAUGGUGAAUAUUGCUGCUAAUAUGCUUGGAGCCAAAACUGAAGAGUCAUCUGAAGCUGAAGCAGGGAAUAGAAGCGUGUCUGAAAAUGUCACUGCCACCCCUGCAACUUCGGCAGCUGCACCAAGACUGCCUGAACCAACUCCUGUUCCUUCACCAGAACUUGUUACUUCAGAUAUUCCACAGAUAGAUCAAUUAAUUGUGGAUUUGACCAAAAGUCCUAUUGUUCAGCUCGUACAAGAGUAUGAAGAUGAUACAAGCCAGUCAACGGUAACCUUGCUGCCUAGUGACGAUCAGGAAGAAGAAGCAUUGGCAUGGUUUGAACUUGAGACAGAAAAGUACUGCUAUGAUGUGGCAACAGCAUGUUGUAUUUCUGCCUUUUCAGAAUAUCUGUUUAAAUGGUGUUCAGUUGCAAUAGCUGUGCAUCGGCAGCGUAGUAAAACUGAAAGUAAACAAGGGCAAGAUGACUCUACUGAUGUUCAGCAGCCACAGGUGGUUCCAACUGAAUCUAUACAUACAUCAAUAGAUGAGCCUCUUCCUGAGCAAUUAGACAGCAAAAUUGAGACACCAUCUGGAUCUGCUGUUGUGGUUGACUUGAGCAGUGUGGUCCGUGAGGAGAUCAGUAAUGAGACCACAGAUUCAAUUGAACUGGAACCAAGCCAUCCUCAAACUGUCUCUCAAUCCCUCCUCUUAGAAGUUACCUCUGAAGUUAAGCCCUUGCCAACAGCAGAUGUGGUGUUGGAGCCUGCGAAUGAAGAUGCAGGCCAGGUAGCACCAAGGGUGACUCCCCAGGUGGAUAUAACUGAGGUCAGUGCAGAAGCAGAGAAGGCAGAGAGCUCUGUUGCUGAAGAAAACUCUGUAGCUUCUGAAACCAGUGUGGCCACUGAGGUAAAAGAGAUAAGCACAAGAGAGACUAUUGCUACUCCAGUGAUCCCAAAGCCUACCGAGACUGUUCUGCAGCCCGAAUAUACAGUGGGCAUAUUAGCUGGUGAUGCUGGGGAAGGAAAGGAAAGCAGUCCAGAAGUGCAGAAAUCUGUUUUGCCUCCUGUUGAGUCUUCUGCAUCUGCUGAAACAAAGGAGGAUGAUCAGGCAACCGAAGAAGCGUUAAUGGCAAUUUCAGUCUCUGGGGGACCGCAGAGAACAGCUACAGAUUUCUAUGCUGAAUUGCAGAAUUCAACAGACCUAGGCUAUGCUAACGGAAAUCUUGUCCAUGGAUCUAAUCAAAAGGAGUCUGUCUUCAUGCGCCUUAAUAAUCGCAUAAAAGCCCUAGAAGUAAACAUGUCUCUCAGCAGCCGUUAUUUAGAAGAACUUAGUCAGAGGUACCGAAAGCAAAUGGAAGAAAUGCAGAAGGCUUUCAAUAAAACAAUAAUAAAACUUCAGAACACCUCAAGAAUAGCAGAGGAACAGGAUCAGCGACAAACAGAAGCGAUCCAGCUGUUACAAGCACAGCUCACCAACAUGACGCAGCUAGUUUCCAAUCUGUCAACAACUGUGGCGGAAUUAAAACGUGAGGUUUCUGAUCGGCAGACUUACCUUGUGAUUUCUCUGGUUCUUUGUGUCAUUCUGGGCUUGGUGCUUUGUGUGCAGCGGUGCAGAAGCACUUCUCCAUUCUGUGAAGAUUACCUCUCAAAAAUCCCCAAAAGUAAUCACUACCCUAGCCCAAAAAGAUGUUUUUCCUCCUAUGAUGAUAUGAAUUUGAAAAGAAGAACUUCUCUGCCACUGGUCAGAUCACAGUCUUUUCAGCUAGCUGGUAAAGAAGUGGAUCCAGAGGACCUGUACAUUGUAGAACCCCUGAAGUUUUCCCCGGAGAAGAAGAAAAAGCGUUGUAAAUACAAAAGUGAAAAAAUAGAGACGAUUAAGCCGACAGAGCCUCUACAUCCAAUAGCCAAUGGAGAAAUUAAAGGAAGGAAGCUGUUUACGAACCAGAGGGACUUCUCUAACAUUGGGGAAGUUUAUCACUCUUCGUAUAAGGGUCCUCCAUCCGAAGGAAGCUCCGAAACAUCAUCGCAAUCUGAGGAGUCCUAUUUUUGUGGCAUUUCAGCAUGUACGAGUCUGUGCAAUGGGCAGACCCAAAAGACAAAAACUGAGAAGAGGGCUAUAAAACGAAGACGGUCUAAAGUUUCAGACCAAGGGAAGCUCAUAAAAACUCUAAUACAGACUAAGUCAGGGUCAAUGCCAAGCCUGCAUGACAUAAUCAAAGGAAACAAAGAUAUAACAGUGGGAACACUUGGUGUCACAGCAGUUUCUGGACACAUCUAAAACUAACUGAACUCAAACAGGAGAGUGUUUGUUCGUUUGAGAACAGUCUGUGGUAUUCUGGGGGAGGAUAGUGGGAGACGAAGAGCUCAUCUAAUUGGAAAGUAUUCAGAAAUUUGGUUUCUGCCUUUUUAAAUAGAUGGGAUUGUGUCAAUCUUUGCUAUAAGCUGCAGCUUUACAAGGCUGAUAAUUUCCUAUGAGAACAGCUUGGGGGGAGGGAGGGCAGGGUUCAUUUUAUAAAGGUUUUUUUUCACAGUUCCUGGGGCAGAGACUUUUUGAAACCCAGUUUGUUGGGUGGAAUAGGGAUAAAAGCCUAAUCCUCUUCCUUUAGCUUUGUUCCUAUUUCUUGCACCUUCCCAUAUUUAUGUGCCUUUUGUCUAUUUAUAAUGCCACUGGAAGAGGGGAGAUACAAUUGUUUGUCAUUUGAUUUAUUUUGUAAUUUCUCUAGCUAUUUUUGAAGAUGCAACACUACAGUGCUGUAAAGGGACAUGUGUUGGCCUUCAGCUGGACUCAGUAAUGUGGACUGGAUACUGUAAAAAUACUAAUAGAUGGACUUGCCUGACUCAAUUCUGGUUUUGCAAACUUGGUUGAAGAAAAUAUCUCACAUGGGAUGGUAAUCAUGUUUAUUUCCACCUUCAGUUACAAGUCAGAGCUGUAGUCUGUACUAAAUGAAUGACAGUUGCUCUUCAGGAUUUCCUGUGUACGAUGGGAUCAUGGGCCAACAAAUGCGUUUUUUUAUCUAAAUUGCCUGCUGUGGUUCUCUGAAGGAAGUGAAUGGGCUAUGCUCACUGCUGCUGUGCUGAGAGUUCGGGCGGGGAAAAGCUCUGCUGAGGAAUGCGAGGGAGAGCUGGUGCAGCUGGGCUGUUCUCCAAGCAAGCUCCGGAUGUGAUGAGUUUGCAAAGCCUUGAAGUCUGACCAGUCAGGUGGUUCAGAGUGGAUAUUCCCAUAGUGUUUGCUUUUGUAUUGGCUAACAAAUGUGCAGUGUUUGUAUGGUUGGUAUUUUCAUAUCCGAGGUUUUUUUAUUUUGACUGUGACUGUGUAUUUGGAUUCUAUAGGAUGUGUGAUUGCUAAAACAUUGAGUGUGUAGCUGAGUGAGUGGAACAAAAGGUUAUUCCUUUUGGCAGGUGUUACAGGUUCACGUUGUAAAAAAAUAAGUUAACUUAUUGAGCACUUUUAGUGGUACCCUUUUUAACAGAUCUAAUGCCUUUCCUGGGUAUUGUAUGUAAUGUGACUUAUUUAAAGCCUCUGGUUUUUUUGCUGCUUUCUUGUUAGUUUAUUAAUACUUUAAGGUGAUGUACUUUUGGAGUUGAUCUGCACAAUUAGCCAGACAGAGCACAUGAACCAGACGUGUUGAACGUGAGUUCAGAAGGGUUUCAAACCUGGGUGAGCAAAAUACGUACCACCUGAGUGCAGCAUACAGUGUUGUGGAACAAGAGUAUGUAACUACAGAGCUGUAGUGCCAUUAGAAACUGUGAAUUUCCAAAUAAAUCUGAACACUUUGUCUUUAA